GGGAAGCAAGUUGGGGUGAAGAGCAGAGAAAGGAAGGAGGAAAGGAGAGAGAGAGGAAGCGAACGAAGAAAGGAAGUCGAUCUCAGAGUCGGUGACAGACAAGCAGAGAGAAGGAGGGUAGACAUCAACAAAGCCACUUAGCCUUGCAGACCUUCAGGCUUGCAAGGACAGGAACCCUUGAAAGCUUGUUUGCAUCUUUUGCAAAGAUGCAAGCACAGAACAUGAACCUACCUGUAUUACAUGGCGAAGUCCAGGAGUAUCAAAAGGACGAGGUAGAAGACGCCGAGAAGUUUUACAGCGCAAGAUUCUCCAGGAACUUCCUCGUAGCGUUCGGGUUUUUACAAUCGGUCAGCUGCAGUGGGAUCAUCAUCGGAUACACAGCGAUCUCAGACGCGCUCAAGUCGAUCGGGGAGUACUCAGACCUGUGUAGCAGUGGCGUCACCGGCUGCUCCUCCCAGGCGCUGAGAUUUAGCUUGUUCUACAUCAUCGGCUCCUCCUGCCUGUUCGGUUCUUUCAUCAUCAAUGGGAGCAUCCUCGACAACUUCGGCCCCAAGUUCUCGACCUGCCUCGGGCUGCUCGUCAGCGGGACAGGUUUCGUCCUCCUGGCAGUGAGCCAGUCCAACGGGUUUGACGCGUUCGCGCCUGCCUUCGGCAUGAUCGGGGCCGGGGGGCCGGGCGUGCACCUGUCGCUGUUCCACAUCUCCACCCUGUACGAGCCGAGGGUGAGGGGGACUAUCAAGAGCUACUUCCUAGGGGCCUUCGUUGCCAGCGCCUUCCUCUUCUCGCUGGAGGGCUGGCUGAUACAGACGGAGCACGUCAGCAAGGAGGCCAUCUUCCUGGUACAUGGGUGCUGGCUGUACCUGCUCUGCAUCCUGGGGCUGGUCAUCUGGCCCUGGAAGAUCUUCAAGGUCGGCAACGAGGUGAGGAUGUACAAGAGAAGGAUCGUCGACUACGUCAUCCUCGACAAGAGCCAGCAGCCUGCAAGCUCGUCCCGCUCCCUCGUUGCCCCCUCUGCAGCGUCUGACAUGGCGAGCACGCCGGAGUUCUCCACCAUGAACGUGCUGAACCAGAAUGGCCAGCCCAUCACGAUCCUCGUCAAGUUGGACCGCACGGAGCAGCCAGCUGAAACUGGCAGCACGCACUCGCAGCUCCCUGCGGAGUCGAUGAAGCUGGAGAGCCAGAGCUCAACAGCCCUGGUGCCGGGGAAAGCGGAGGAGGAGGAGGAGCGGGAGGUGCCGAUGUCGGAGUUGCCGUUGAAGCAGCAGCUCAUGACUUGGACGUACCGCAAGCUGCUGCUGUUCUGCUGCAUCCAGGUGAUGCGGUUCAACUACUACAUCGGCACUUUCAUUCAGCAGAUCGAGUACAAGCCCACCAACAGGGACGGUCAUCUCACCACAACCUAUUCUCUCAUCCUUACCCUCGUCGUUCCCUCCGGCAUCAUCACUAUCCCUCUGGUCGGAAGGAUCUUCGACACGUGGGACUACUACUGGAUCUUCGUCCUCUGCAACUUCCUGGGCAUGGUGUACGGUGCUCUCUUGCUUGUGCCCGUCCUGGAGGUGCAGAUAGUGACUAUCGUCUUCCUGUGCCUGCACAGGAUGAUCCUGUUCUCCAUCCUUCUCUCCUACACCUCCUACACCUUCGGCUUCAAGAACUUCGGCUUCAUCCUCGGCCUCCUCCAGCUCAUCGCCUCCGCCCUCUCCGUCAUCGUCUACCCCAUCAUCAGCGCCGUCGAGUCUCACCUCGACGGCAACUUCUUCUGGGUGAACCUCGCCUUCCUAGCCGCCAUGAUGCCGCUGUGGGUAAUCUGUCCUGCCAAGUUUCCCAAGAAGUAGGCAAGAGGAGGAAAGAGAGGAGGGGAGGAUGAAGGGAGGAAGGGAGAGGAGGCAGUUUGUACAUAAGCAAUUUAUCAGGUCUUGUUGAAAUGUUGUAGCGCUAUGAGUUGAUAGGGAAUUCCAGUAAAGAUGUUCUUG